AUGCAGGUUGUUGGUAUUGGAAAUGCUAAUGUGGGGAAAACGUGUCUAAUCAAACAUUUCUGUGAGAGUAAGUUCUGUGGAGGCUACCAGCCAACAGUUGGGGUGGAUUAUGGGUUUAAGAUCCAACACGUUGAUGGAGUAGAUUUGCGUGUACACCUGUGGGACCUCUCUGGAAGCCCAGAAUAUAUUGAUGUUAGAAAUGAACUCUACCUCCAGACCGACGCCAUCUUUAUGGUGUAUGACGUCACUAAUCAAGUCUCGUUUGAGGCGUUGGAAGUUUGGAUGAAGGAGGUCAAUAAGUACAGUACGACUGGCCCAGAAAUACGAUUGGUCGGAAACAAGAUUGAUAUUAAGAACAAACGUCAGGUUGAGAAGGAUGAAGCUAAAAAAUGGGCAACGCAAAAUAAAAUGGUAGGUUACUACGAGACGUCUGCGUCCACUGGUGAAGGAAUUGACUCCUUGUUCCACGAUAUGUUGUGCUCAAUAAUUGAGAGAAAGAAACUUUAUAAAAAGUCGGCGUCGCUAUGACAACAUAGUGUUGUGACAAUGUGUGAAUAUUUCUUUGUGUAAUUGAAAAAUAACUUCAGCAGCCAUUGUCUGUCAAUCGCCCUGACAGUUUGUUUGAGAUUUGUUUUUGUUUAUGU